AUGAAUGUCCUGCGACCGCUGCAAAGCGCCGUUGGCGCCCAACGAGCCGUGUCAAGCGCGGCGUCCGUGUCAAGCCCGGCCAGCGGCAGUGCUCUCUCACUCGCAGACCUCGCCGCUGCUAGCGUUGCUGCAGCUCCGCGCAUCCGCCCCUACGUGCGCCGCACGCCGCUCGAGGACUCCCCUUGGCUGUCCGGGGCCGGCAACUGCCGCGCAUGGCUCAAGCUCGAGAGCGAGCAGGUGACCGGCAGCUUCAAGGCCCGGGGCGCUGUCAACAAGCUGCUGUCGCUCUCGAAAGCACAGCUAGCCACUGGCCUCGUCACCUGCUCCACCGGCAACCACGCGCUCGCCUUCGUGCACGCCGCGCGCGCCGCGGGCGGGCCGGGCGUGCUGGAGCGCGCCCUGGUGUACCUUCCGAAAACGGCCAGCCCUGUCAAAGUGGACAAGCUGCGCGCCAGGGGCGCUGAGCUGGCGCUUCAUGGUGACGACUGCCUGGACGCUGAGCUGGAGGCGCAGCGGGUGGCGGUUGAGAGGGGCCUAGUAUACGUGUCGCCCUACAAUGAUUACGAGAUCAUGGCUGGCCAGGGCACUGUGUCAGUUGAGAUAUUGGAGCAGCUGCAGGAGGAGGAACAGCGGAGAGCCGCAGACAUUAAGCAGCUACCGGCAGAUGAAAAUGCAGCGGAGCUGGUGGUGUAUGUGCCUGUAGGGGGCGGCGGCCUCAUUGGCGGCAUGGCAGCGGUCCUGAAGACUGCCCUGGGCGCGCGGGUCAGGGUGGUCGGCUGCCAGCCGGCUGCGUCCGACGUGAUGCGGCAGAGCGUCGCGGCCGGCCGCAUCGUGGAGGCGGCCAGCGGCGACACGCUGUCAGACGCGACGGCUGGGGGCGUGGAGGAGGGGGCGGUCACGCUGGGUCCUUGCAUCGACGGAGUAGACGAGUGGGUGUGCGUUUCAGAGCAGGAGAUCGCGGACGCCGUGCUGAGCGUUCUGCGCGCCCACUCAAAGCUUGUCGAGGGCGCUGCCGGCUGCGCCGUCGCCGCGUUCUGGCGGCAGCGGCGCCAGCUGGCGGGCAAGCGGGCCGUGGUGCUGUGCUGCGGCGGCAACAUAUCGGUGGAGGCCCUCAAGACGGUGCUUGAGCGGGGCCGUGUGCUGUCUGCAGACGCUGAAGUUGACCGGGCAGCAGAGGAACAGUCCGUGAAUGGGUAA